UCGGCCAGUACUGUGCACCUGACAGAGCGGCGCAGGCGCACAGCUCGCGCUCACCGCGUAUACCAUCACUCACACGCUACCUAGCGCCAUCACCUUUCCAUAUUCAAUAAAGUUUUCCAACCCUCGGGAGUGCAUGUGUUUUUGGACUGAAGCUGUCAGCUGAAAGAAGAUUAGGUGUGACAUCUAUCGCUAUCAGAAUAAAACUACAUAAAGCUGCAGCUCAGUAACAACUUGUCACUUGCCUCGCGAAAUUGUUUUCAGGAGUCACUACAAUGGCGUUAAUACUACAGUAUUUAGACGACAUGCACGUUUUUAUGGACAAAUAUGGAGAUCCCCGAACAAAUCCAUGGUUCCUCAUGAGUUCUCCAUUUCCAACACUAAUUAUUUGCCUUUCAUAUGUUUAUCUAGUCAAGGUUUUGGGCCCUCGGCUUAUGGAAAACCGUAAACCUUUCGAAUUAAAAAAUAUAAUUAUAGGCUAUAACUUUUUACAAGUUAUCUUCAGUGCAUGGCUAUUUUAUCAGAUCGGUUGGGCGGGCUGGUUCACAGGCGAGUAUAGCUAUCGGUGCCAGCCGGUCGACCAUUCGACCAGGCCACAGACAAUGAGGAUGGUACACGCAUGUUGGUGGUACUAUUUCUCCAAGUUCACUGAAUUCUUUGAUACGUUCUUCUUUAUCCUGCGAAAGAAGAAUGACCAAGUGUCGACGUUACACGUGAUCCACCACGGCGUGAUGCCGAUGUCCGUGUGGUUCGGCGUGAAGUUCACGCCGGGCGGACACUCCACGUUCUUCGGGCUCCUAAACACCUUCGUGCACAUCGUCAUGUACACCUACUACAUGCUCACCGCCAUGGGGCCGCACAUGCGCAAGUAUCUCUGGUGGAAGAAGUACGUCACUACGUUGCAGAUGACUCAGUUCGUCUGCAUCGUGGUGCAUGCGUUCCAGCUGUUGUUUAUCGACUGCAACUACCCGCGGGCAUUCGUCUGGUGGAUCGGCAUGCACGGCGUUAUGUUCUUCUUCCUCUUCAGAGACUUCUACAUCAACUCCUACAAGAAGCCCAGGAAGGAGCGCGCGCCGCCGCCGCCGCAGACGUCGCUGGCGCCGCUGUACAAGCGCGGCGCCAACGGGUUCAGCAACGGGCAUCUGCGCGCGCGCACCGUGCUGCCGGCCGGCAACUGACGACUCUGUGAUUGGUAGCGACGCGAGUGCUGCCUGUGCUGUGGUCUAGCCGCUAGCCGAUGUACAUACUCUUAGUAAUGGUGUAAAUUUUAUUUUAUUUAACGGUACGAACAUAGCUAGACUUGUGAUCGCAUAGCGUUUUGUAUUUUCGUUAGGUUUACGAGGCGUUUCUAGAUUUAGAGAGGACGUAUCUGGAUUUCCAUAACGGUGCGUACGAAAUUCCACAUUGUAUUCGACCGAAUGAGGACCUUGCCGCGUUUCCGAGUGAUUUGUUAAUUGUUUUAUAUGUUAUGCUGCAGGAUCGGAAGUUUGUAAUGUAAUGUGUGAAUAUUAUAGAAUAGUACAUGAUGAAUCAAAUAUACAUGUUACUUUAGUAACAUUUGACUGGCAAUGUUAAUGUUGUGGUUAAUUUUAACUAUGUACUUUAUUUUGUUUAGGUACGUUAAGUACUAUUUGUUACAUUGACUUUACUCAAUGUGAUUUUAGAUUAAUUAUGUUGAAGUGGUUGUGUUGGUUAUUUAUUUUGUUUAAUUUAUCUUUUAUUUAAUACCAAAAUUAUGUAUAUAUAAGAUGACAUUAACGGGUUUUUUAGAAUAGCCAUCGAAGUUCUUCCUUUGUUUAGUCUUCCGUUUUGUUUCAUUUUGUACUUAUCAAAAUAAGGUGCUUUCAUACGAUGAACUGUAAUGUCCAUACGCAUCUGCGACCUGGCAUUGGUAACAAAAUUGUCUGAUUCAAUGAAAUCUGUUUAUUAUUACUAUUAUAAUUUUUAUACAAAAAUACGCAAAUAAAUAAGUACAAUAAUUA